UAUCCACCCCAGAGUAUAUUGGAAGAAAACACUCGUUCCAGAUCUAUUAAUUUCGUUCGUAUUAUUAAUAAAAUGUCUAAAGCCGUUGCAUAUGCUGAGAGGCGUGGCGGAGAAUGUCAUGCCGUUGCAUAUGCUGAGAGGCGUGGCGGAGAAUGUCUUGGUAAAACUGGCCAAAUAAAUGGUUUCGAUGUAUAUCUUUGGUCAUGUGAAAAUGGACUCCAUCAAUGGGAAGCACCUUAUAAAAUCCAGAAGAAUAAAUUCGAAUGGUGUCCAUAUAAAAUGAAAACCAAAUAUUCUAUAAAAGAUGCUUGUAAAAUUGCUACGGAACGAAAUGGCUUAUGUCUUUCAGACAGCUAUAUUAACUGCAAUACAUCUUUAUUGUGGAAAUGCGCUAAAGGUCAUGAAUGGAUGGCCCCCUUUCAUAGAAUUAAAAAUGCUAAAAAAUGGUGUCCGCAUUGCUCAAAAAGUAAAUCUUACACUAUUGAUGAUGCUAAACGAGUUGCGAAUAAUAAAAAUGGAGAAUGCCUUUCAGAAAAAUAUAUUAAUAGUAUAUUACCACUACGGUGGAGAUGCGCUGAAGGACAUGAAUGGUAUUCAGCACUUAGAAACGUAAAAUAUUGUAAUACUUGGUGUCCAGAUUGCGCACAUACUAGACCUCUUACUCUUGAAGAAGCUAAACAAAUUGCACAUAGUAGGAAUGGUGAGUGUCUUUCUGAGAUAUUCAUUAAUAUUCGUUCGCCUUUAUUGUGGAAAUGUGCUAAGGGGCAUAAAUGGAGUGUUAGUCUUACAAGUAUAAAACAUUGUAAUAGUUGGUGCCCAUAUUGUGUGGGUACAAGACGUCUUACUCUUGAAGAAGCUAAGCAUAUAGCUCAUAGCAGAAAUGGGGAAUGUCUUUCUGAGGUAUUUGUUAAUAUUCGUUCACCUUUAUUAUGGAAAUGUGCUAAAGGUCAUGAAUGGUAUUCAACACUUAAAAACAUUAAAAAUAGUAACUCUUGGUGUCCAUUUUGCCGUUUUUAUAAACGUGAAAAUUUAUGCCGUAGAAUUGUAACAAAAUAUCUUGGACCUCCUUCAGAAAAUCGUUGGCCCGAUUUCUUAAGAACACCAGAGUAUCCAAACGGAUUAGAACUUGAUAUUCCCUACUAUAAUUAUGGUUUCGCAAUUGAAGUACAAGGAGAACAACAUGCAAAAUAUCACGAAUUCUUUCAUAAAAAAAAUCCCAAUAAUUUUAUCAAACAGCAAGAACGGGAUCAACUCAAGGUGGAAUUAUGCGAAGAAAACUGGAUCGUUUUAAGAUAUGUUUGGUACUAUGAAGACCCAUAUAUAGUUAUUCCAGAGCAUCUUCGAGAAUUGGGUCUUAUUGAGUAA